CCUGUCCUUCCCUUGGAGCAGUGCCAUGUCAGGAACUGAAAAGGAGAUGGGGCCAAGUAGCUGGCUUCUGUGGCUAGGAAAUGGGUUAUAUGUGGAACUGAGCAAAUAAAUACACUGAGGAUAUUAGGAGUGUCUUGCCAAUGGGUUUCAGCCCCGGGCAAGUUUGCUAUGGAUUCAAUGUGACCAAAGAAAAUGACAGCAAAAUGCUCUUGGGGUGAAAGGGUUAUACCCAACUUUAUUCUCACAGUGGCAGGUCAGUCACUAAAAUUCCAUUCACUCAGAGCAAGUCUGUAUGCAGCAGACCGGUCUCUGCCUCUGGGCCCCUCCGUCUGCACAGCCGUCCUCCGGGCCUCUCUGCACAGUCGCCCCGCACAGUCUUCCUCUGGGCCUCUGUUCUCAGCGCUGCCACCACUCCAGCCUCUGCUCUGCUCUGCUCUCCUGCAGCCUUGCAGCCCUGCCACUGUAUUAUACCUAGAGCACUGGGCGGAGCUCUUUUUAUAGAGUCAACAGCCAUGUAUUGCCCACAGGUGUGCAGUGAGCUAGUCAACCAUGGCCCGGUGAGAAUCCUGGCCACAGAAACUCUCAUUUUACCACAAGGAGUCAAGUUUCUCACUGUUGGAGAAGGGAGUUCUAAGUAUGGAAAGGGGUAACUUGAGAGGAAUCUGAGGUGUUGGAUUGGAAUUGGAGGGGAACUCAUGCUUCUUAAAUCCAUUAUAUACCCACAGCUAUGCAUAUAGCUAUAUAAGUGUGUGCACGUGUGUCUGUACAUAUGUGUAUUUCCUGUCUGCAAAAAGGGCUUAGAAGCAAAGACAUUCCAAAAGGAAUGAAGCAUCCAGAUCUUCGUUUCUAAAUCCCAUUUUCCACUAAAAGAGUUGACUGAUUCCAGGGUUGGGGCAGAGAAAAUUCAAGAUGACACUGGAACAUGUGCUUUUUUGGCACAAGUCAGAAAGCACUCAAAGGAUGAUGUGGGAUCAGAACAAAAGGAUAGAGGAGCCGACUUGAAAGGGCUCCCACAUGCCAGAUCUGGGAUAAUCUGAGCACCAAAUAAAUAAUGAUAUGAAUGAAUUACAUCUUAUUGAAUAAAAUAGAAAUCCGUGAACUCAUUCUGAGAUAAAUACAAAAUGAAUAAAUAAAUGUAAAAGGGAAAGCUCUUCCCCUUACUAGGAUGUCAACCAUUUGGCUAGAAGAGUAGUGGUUAAUUUAGGCAGGAGUCAGCAAGGAGGCUAAGGCUAUCGCCUCACAAAAUAUUUGUCAAUUAAAAGGAAAAAUUUGUUAACUUAUGGUAAAGGAACCUGGCAGACAACACCUUGACCCAGUGAUCAAGGUUAACAUCGCCAGCGGUGGGACAGGUCAACAUCAUGUUUCUCCUGAUACGACAAAGUGAGAAAAGCUGAGCACCAUUUCAUGGAGCCUCUGCGGGGAAGGUGCAACCUGGGACUGGGCAAGAAGAAACACUGGACAGACCCAGGGUGAGGGACAACCUUCAGAAUGAAAGACUUCUACUCUUUGAAAUCAUCAAAGUCAUGGAGACAGGGCAAGACUGAAGAAAUGCUUUAGAAAAAGAAAAAUGGGGAUAUUUAUAGAGAGGGUGAUGCAGCAAAUGUAAAAAAAAGUUAACAAGUAGAGAUUCUAAGCAAAGGGGAUAGAGGUCCUCUAUGUUACUGCUCUUUUAAAUUUUAUUUGAAAAUGAAUUUUCAAAAAGUUUUGUGUGUAUCCAUCAAAUUUUUCUGGUAAAUGUAUAUAUGUACAUAAAUAUAUUUGCAUACAUGGGUAUAUACAUAUAUUCUGAAGCUGAGGCUCCAACCCAGAUGGAUCAAAUCAGAAUUUUGGUGAUUGGUACCCAUGUCUGUGGAUUAAAACUAAAACUUCCUAGGUGAUUUCAGUGUGCAGCCAAAUUUGUGAACCAGCGCCUUCCGUAAUUCAGUGUUCACCUGAAUCACCUAUAUGGCGUGUGUUAAACUGAUUCCUGGACGGACUUCCGGAGAUAGGGACCCGGUUCGCGAUACGCCCGGCGGACGCCCCCCACGCUCCUCACGCCCCUCACGCCCCCGCGGGCCCCGUGCGGCCCCAGGUGCGGGCGAUGAAAGGCCCGGCGGCCGGCGGGCCUGCAGGCCGCCAUGAACCCUGCGCCCGCCCUUCUGCGCGGCCCGGAGGCCGAGGUGCUGGAGGACGUGCUGCGGGAGCAGUUCGGGCCGCUGCCUCAGCUGGCCGCCAUCUGCCGCCUCAAGCGGCUGCCCUCGGGCGGCUACUCUUCCACCGAGGACCUCCAGCUGGUGCUGGAGCGGCGGCGCGUGGCCAACGCCAAGGAGCGCGAGCGGAUAAAAAAUCUCAACCGUGGUUUUGCCAAACUGAAGGCACUUGUGCCAUUUCUCCCCCAAAGCAGGAAGCCUAGCAAAGUUGAUAUUCUGAAAGGUGCAACUGAGUACAUACAAGUUCUCAGUGAUGUUUUGGAAGGAGCCAAAGACUCUGAGAAACAAGAUCCAGAUCACCAGAACUAUAGCAGCAAUAUUUCUGAACCACAUAUAUCCUUGGCCAGAGAGCUAUCGAGACACAUCACCCAACAUGCCAGCUGUGCUGUGGGCUUGAAGAAUGAGGAAGAACGGCCCUGGGCAGAUGGUAGCAGUGGAUAGAUUCUCAGAAGUAGAACUCCUGAGCCACAGGUGCCAAGUAUGAAAAGUGACAAGGCUGGCCCAGGGCUACUUUGUAGAGCCAAUAAAUGCA